AUGGGUCGUAAGAAGCAUACAGUUGGAAGUGUGUUUCGCAAUAAAUCUGACAAAUCAUCUCGAUCUUCGGGUGCUUCUUCUUCCUCUUCUUCGUCAUCAUCGAAAUCCAGUUUGAAACCCGUACCGUGGAUUGAACAGAAUAUUGUAUGUUUGGAAUGCGCUAAAUUUGUUUUGGCUCGUCAAUCUAAAUCAAACCCUCGUUGUAGUUGUGGUCUUACAUUCAAUGAACAUCCAUCCAGUGUACAAAUUGAGUCCGUUAAACAACAGAAUUCAAAUUUUAAUCCUGAAUUCUCUACCACCGGUGAUUAUCACCUAAAAUUGUCUAAUGAACGUUGGCAUGUUAAGACACACACUCAAGAGAUGCCCACAAACGCUUAUGGCACAGUCGAAUUUCAAGGUGGACCACAUCCAACUAAAGCUCGGUAUGUGCGAUUGCAUUAUGAAACAUGUCCUGAGUUAAUAUUGCAUUUAUUACUUCAUGAAUGGAGAAUACGUGUGCCUAAUUUAGUCAUAUCUAUUGUCGGUGGAUUAGCUAAUGCACCAUUACAAGCAAAAUUACAACAGGUUGUACAAAAAGGUAUAUUACGGGCAGCUAAAACAACUGGUGCUUGGAUUAUAACAAAUGGAUUAGAUAUAGGUGUAACUCGACAUAUUGGUGAAGCAUUGAAAGAUGAAGUACACAUUCGUGGUUCUAAUAUUGUUGCACUUGGUAUAGCACCAUGGGGUUAUGUACAACAUCGUGAAUCACUUAUUGGUUUAGAGAACACUUGUUCCUACUAUUCACAAGGCUGGAGACCGGGACGUCAAGAAGCUCCACUGAAUUCAGAUCAUAACUAUUUUCUAUUAGCAGAUAAUGGAACAGCUGGUAAAUUUGGUGGUGAACUUGGUCUUCGUCGACGUCUUGAACAACAUCUUGCACAACAACCAAUCGAUAUGCGACGUUAUGGUGGAUCUAAAUCUCGUGUACCAAUUGUUGGUGUUCUAUUGGAAGGAGGAACUCAAACAUUUCGUACUGUGUUUGAAUUAAUCACUGGUCGUAAUCCUGUACCAAUUGUUGUUUGUGAUGGUAGCGGUCGUGCUGCAGAUCUUUUAGCAUUUAUGCAUCGUUAUGCAAAUGAAGAUGGAGACCUUAGCACACAACUACGUGAUCAAAUGGUUGCAAAUAUAUCUAGAGCAUUUCAAAUUCGACGUUUUGAAGCUGAAGCAUUGUACAGUGAAAUGAGAUUAUGCAUGAAACGUCGACAUUUAAUAAGUGUUUUUCGAAUGGGUGAAGGAGAUAGUGAUGAAAUAGAUAUCACUAUAUUGACUGCUCUUUUACAGGUUUCAGGUCAAAAUCUUACACCAGCUGAACAGUUAUCACUUACUAUGGCUUGGAAUAGACCAGAUAUUGCUCGUUCAAAGUCUUCGCUAAAUUCAAUAGUUGGUCCAUACAUAUGUGCACUAUGUAUAACAGAUAGUAAUUCACAGAUCUUAUUUAUAAGAAAAAAAACUACACUUGAAAAUGCUAUGGCUGACGCUUUACUAAAUGAUCGAUUGGAGUUUGUUCAAUUAUUACUUACUAAAGGUCUAAGAAUUCAACGAUUUCUAACACGUGAACGUUUAGAAGAAUUAUAUAAUGUUGCUGGUGAUGGAAAUAAUCAAUCGUUUCAUAGGUUGUUUACAAAAGUACUGGGCACUAAACAGAAAAUUACACUACGUUCGGUUGGACAAUUGAUUGAAAAUUUAGUCGGUGGAGGUUAUCAACACUCAUAUUGUAUUAAACCUGCAACUGCAGACAUGAUUGGAUCACCGAAUCAUGGUAAUGGUUGGCUACCGAAUGUCAGUGUUGCCUUUACUAAUAAGAACACUGUGAUAACUAAUCAUGCACAAGCAGAUAAUAAACCCUUUCGUUCCAACAAUUCACUAUUCAGUACAUCAGAAAAGACACAUACAUGUUGUACAGUAAAUCCUGGACAGAUAUCUUCUUUACUUAUGCAUAAAGAUUCAACUACUCAAAAUCCAAUAAGUAGUAUAAGUCGACAACAUUCUUCUCAACAUUUGCCUAAUUCAACUUCAUUCAAUGAAAUCAAUCAAUCAGAUCGAUAUUUUCGUUAUCCUUAUACUGAAUUACUUCAAUGGACAUUAUUAACACGACGUUUGAAUAUGGCUAAAUUUCUAGUUUUAGCUGGGGAAGAAUCAGUUGCAAAGGCCUUAUUUGCGGUGAAACUGCUACGCAGUAUUCGACAUGUCACUUUGGAUGACGAAACUGAUAUUGAAUUGGUGAAUCAAUUCCGUUCACAUGAACUUGCAUUGGAACGAUUGGCUGUUGAUUUACAAGAUCAUUGUUAUCGACAUGAUCAAGAUCAAGCAAAACGUUUACUUACAUAUGAAUUACAAACUUUUUCAAAAAAUACUUGCCUUAGUUUAGCUUAUAUGUGUGAAUCAAAAGUGUUUAUUGCUCAUCCAUGUACUCAAUCAAUAUUAAAUGAUUUAUGGUAUGGUGGUUUACGUAAAGGUGAUCUAGUUGGUAUUAAAGUAGCAUUAAUAUUAAUGGGAUUAUUAAUUCCACCAAUAUAUCCAUUGAUUGCAUUUUUCUUUACAAAACGAAGUAAAUUUCUUGAAUUUAAAACUAAAGAGGAAUUAGCUCAACAACCACAAACACUACAAGAACAUUUAGAUGAGUUGGAAGAUUCUUCACCAUCUAGUUCUUCUUCAUCAUCAUCAUCAUCAUCGUCAUCAUCAUCAUCAUCACAUGCUUCUAGCAGACGAUCAUCUGAAUGUGAUAUCCAACUACGUGACCGAAAAGAAACCAAUUCUGUAAAUUUGAAUCCUGUUAAAGUUCAUUCUAGUAAUCCGAUUACAGAUAAACCAUGUGAUAUAAUUCCAACUAUUGAAAUCACUUCACCAGUAACAUCGGAAAAAUUGAAUGAACCAUUAAGACGACAAGAAUUUUCAAACAACGAAUCAAGUAAACGCAGGAAUACCGAUAUAUCAUUAAACUAUACUUCAUCUAGUCCUACAUUUUAUAAUGAAUCAAAUAAUCCUAUAGAUCAUAUAGUUGAUCAUCGAACAAGUAAUAAUAAUUCAUAUUCAACAGAAAGUGUAUACAAUAAACAACUUUCUGAUUAUGCAAUGAUCAGUAAUAUACAUAUGAAGGAAUCAUCUUCAACAAUUGAUCAUAACCAUCCAAUUGAAGUGGUUAUAAAACGGAAGAAAAAACAUAUGGGGAUCGGUAGAAAAUUCAGCUUGAAAAGCGUUCCUGAAGUUAAUGUACCAUCAUCAGAAGUGAAUUUAGCUAGUAGACUUCAUCGUAAACGAAAAUCGGUAGACUUUGAAUCAUUUCAUCCAAUAACUGUUGAAAAUUGUAAAUUAUCAAAUCAAACUAUGAGCACAUCAUGUAUUUCAACAUUGUCAUCACCGCCACAACAACAACAGGAGCAGUCAUUAUCACCACCGAAACACAAUAUCCCAUGUCAUAAUUUAAAUGAUCUACAACGUGAGCCAAGAAAUCAUAUGCGUAAACAACGUUUCACUUUUCAUCCAUAUUCAACUGUUGCUUUAAAUUCUUCACAAAAUGCAGCUUUAGCUAGACACGCAUUUCUACUAAGAUCGAAUCUAGCCUCACUUAUUCCAUCAAAUCAUUAUGCUUCAGUUGCUGCUUCUAGUGGUCUACCACGAAGACGAUAUGAACGUAAAAGAAGGAGAGUUUACAAUCCUAGCACAGAUGAAGAUCCUACUAUAAUAGCACAAAAAAUUAUCAGUGAACAAAGACCAUCAACCAUUAAUUAUGAUAGCUAUGAUCCAACAUCAACUGUAAAUCCAUCAACACAUAUUCAUCAUAAACAGCAUAAAUUUAAUCCUUCAUUAAAGGAUAAUUCAUUUUCAUCAUUAAGUUAUCAUCAUAAUGGACAAUGGAUCCCGUGUGAUUUACCAUUAGGAUAUGACUAUCAACCAACAAGUAGUCAUGGUUUACAAUUAUCUUGGCGUAAGAAAGUUUAUGAAUUUUUCAGUGCUCCUGUUACACGAUUUUAUUUGCAUGUGCUCUUGUAUCUUGUAUUUCUCAUCCUAUUCAUUGGCCUGUGUAUACACACUAUACCACCGGAUUCAUUUUCAUUUCUGGAACUUUAUGUCUACUUGCAUAUACUAACAUAUUGGUUGGACAAGUUUCGUGAGGUAACACUUAAUCCAGGUGCUAGUUAUAUUCAAAAGUUUGCGGUACAUUUAACCGCAUUUUGGAAUAUUUAUGAUAUGAUCAUGUGCUUUGUAUCUUUAGUUGGUAUUGUUAUCCGUUAUGUUGGCAUAGUUAAUCAUACUUAUUAUAUGUGGGGUAAAAAUCUCUUAAUUAUAUGUUGUUCACUAUGGCAAAUGCGUUUUCUGGAAUUGAUGCAAAUCUGGCGAUUUUCUGGACCGUAUAUUUAUAUGUUGGUGAAGAUGGUUCGCUUGAUGAUUCCAAUGCUCACUUUACUCUUUCUUCCAUUGUUGGCAUUUGGUACAAUUCGUCAGGGGAUUAUGUAUCCUAUGCAUACACAUGUCAAUCUUGAAUCUAUUAAAGGCAUUAUGCUGAAACCAUAUUUCAUGUUAUAUGGAGAAGUAUACGCUGGUGAAAUAGAUC